AAUUAUACUACAGCACCACUACUACCUACAACUUUCGCUUGCCCGGCGCAGUGAUAACGUAACGCCCGGCGAAUGAAUUAGUAGGUAUGCCAGACACUAAUCGAUAACUGGCAGAGCAAUAAUCAAGUAUAGUUAGUAGAAUGGAGGAUAUUACGGAGGAAAAUAGUUUAAUCCAGAACGAGCCGACAAAUUCGACUGAAACUAGUGUUCCAUUCCAGAAUCGAUACUUGCUGUUGGAACCUCCAGUGUUUCUUUUAUCAUACGCGUAUUAUGUUUCAUCGGCUGUUCUCACCGAUCAGAUUGUGUAUCAAACGUGCACGGUUUCAUUCGGCGUCAACCGGUCGGAAUGUGCUCAGCUGGGAAAGGAGCAUGAAUCCGCUGAGGUGCUGGCAUUGGAAGCCCGGGUUCAGCCCUACACCGCCAAUAUACUGAUGGUGGAUUCGAUAGUGAAUUCGAUUGUACCGGCGGUGCUGAAUCUUUUCAUUGGACCCUGGUCGGAUCGGUUCGGGCGGAAGCCAGUAUUGCUGGCCACUUUUGCAGGAUGCGUAAUUUCUUACCUACUGGAUACGGUGAUAUGUUUUCUCUCCAGCCGGUACCCGGUGAGUCCGUGGUACUACGCCCUAUCCUGUGUGCCAUUGGCUCUGACUGGUUCAAUUUGUACAAUGAUGACAACGGUGUACUGCUACAUUGCGGAUGUAACCAGUGAACAAGAUAGAAGCAAAAAAAUGUCCAUCCUGGAAGCAGCUCAAUACAUCGGAAUGCUGUUGGGCAACAUAAGCAGCAGUUUUAUUUUGAGAUCAACCAACGCUACCACAGUGUUUGCCAUAGCUGCCGGUACCGUGUUCCUUGCUUUCCUCUACAUUGUCAUCGGUGUACAGGAAAGUAUUUCAAUCAACGAUGACCACCAAAAGGAGAGUUAUAGCUUCAAGAUCAGCUACCUGUUCCGUCCCGGCUUGGUGCUAGAUACUUUCCGAACUGCCUUUGGCAGGAGACCCAACUUCAACAGGCCCAUCAUUCUGAUGGGAGUGAUUGCACUGGGAGCCAAUUUGUUUGUAGAGCAGUAUCAAACGGUAUUUUUCCUGUUUGUGAGAAAACACUUCAACUGGAGUGUGCGAAAAUAUUCAUUCUACAACUCGGCCGAUACAGUGUUUCUGAUGUUUGGAAACCUGGUGGGUACGUACGGAUUACAGAAGAAACUUGGUCUGACCGAAGCCGGUAUCACAGCAAUAGGAUUCUUCACUUCCUUUUUGGGUAGUGUUGCUGUGGCAGUAGCUUCCGAAUCGUGGCAUCUAUAUGCAGCAAUGGCCUUCUGCAUGCUGAAAGGUGUUACCGAUCCGAUGACGAGGGCUUUCAUUUCCAACGCAGCACCUGCAGAAGAUAUUGGGAAAAUAUUUGCCUUUUCGUCCACUUUCGAAGAACUGAUGCCGUUGGGUGGUGCGCCGUUGUAUACUUUGGUGUACAAAAGAACACUUUCGUGGAACCCGGGAGCAUUCAACUGGAUCAGUGCUCUUGUGUAUAUUUUCUGCUAUAGUUUGACUAUGGCGGUUUGCAUUCUACAAUCAAUGCAGCGAUCAUCGUGAUAGAUUGCAAUGGUAAAGGGAAACAUUUCACUUUCAAGACUAAACAACAAGCUGUGAUCGGAUUAAUCUAGAAGAAAUAAUAAAUGUCUCUAGAGAAAGUUAA